AUCAACCAAAAUCGCCCCUAACCAUUCUGAUGCAACAGAACACGCCUCGUUAAAACAGCUGACGCAAUCUCUCGCAGAGAAGAAAGGAGGCCCUUUCGAACACCACCGUUGCCGAUUUGUAUUAUAUUUGCUUGAUAAAAAAUCCAGGCUAUGGCGGCUGUUUCGGGUGCAUUUGUCGUUACCCAGACGUCGUUAUCAUCGAAACACCAUUCUCCAUCUUCUUCUCCGACGAUGUUAUUAGGCACUCGUGCUUUCCCGAUGAACAACAAGACAGCUCGAGGUCUGAUCCGUUGCGAGCUUUCUUCAUCAAGUGUCUCGGCUCUUCAGCAGCUUAAGAAAUCCGCCAUUGACAGAUACACAAAGGAGAGAAGCAGCAUUGUGGUGAUUGGUCUUAGCAUCCACACUACUCCUUUGGAGAUGCUUGAGAAGCUUGCCAUUCCUGUCGCUGAAUGGCCUCAGGCUAUCUCUGAGUUGUGCGCUUUGAAUCAUAUUGAAGAAGCUGCU